AAAUACCAUACGCUCUUAAUUCAUUAUAGAAAUAUUCAUUAUUAUGGUAUUCCCGAAAACUCAGCGGAAGAGCGAGAAUCAGCAAUUGAUAAGCCCCACACGCUGCUAAAUAUUUUAAAAGAAUUUGGGAAUUCGUAUUUAGUAUUUUCGGAUCGCUUCUAAGAGAAUGAAGUCUUUUCUGCUAGCUCUGCUCGCUUUUGUGCUCUUCCAAGAGGGAAUGACACGUUACCUGGAUACUGGCUGUGACAUUCCCUCUUUUACUGAUAGGAUAGUUUUUGGGAAAAAAGUUAAACCGGGAACCACCCCAUGGAUGGCACAAAUAAGGAGAAAUAAUGAAUUUCUUUGCGGUGGCUCUCUAAUUCAUCCAAGCUUCGUAUUGACAGCCGCGCAUUGUGUUCAACCAAAUGUUACUGUAAUCGUGAGAUUAGGCGCCUAUCGCAGAGCCUGCCCGCUUAGUCGUUGCCCAGAAAUUGAGGAAUAUACUGCUAUAAAGACCAUAGUACCUAAUACCAUCCCAAAUGAGUCUAUGGCUGAUAUAGCUCUUCUGAAACUGAACAGACAAGUGCUCUACAACGAUCACAUCCGACCAAUCUGCAUUUACAUGGGUAAUGAUAUAGACACAUCGUCAAUUAAUAAAUUCCAAGCUUACGGCUGGGGAAAGACGGAAAAGAACUUGAAGAGUUCAAACCUGAAGUACAUUUCUCUGACCCGCCGCGAUUCGAUACAUUGCGCAUUUAAGAACACCGAAAGAGAUAUCUGCGCUGGCGCCAAUAGAGGCGACACCUGCAAUGGUGACUCAGGUGGUCCUUUGGUUGCCAAUAUCACAAUUGGGGGUCAUCAGGUACCCAUACAGUUGGGAAUUGUCAGUUCUGGUGAAAGUUCUUGCAAUUUAUCAGGCGUUUACACGAAUGUCGAUGCCCACAAGCAAUGGAUUUACGAUACCGUAAUGGCUGACGCUAAUGCUUAUGUUCAGCCGCGUUUGUUGGAUGACAAGUGUAGUAACACUCGGCUAAAAUCUGGAAACAUACGUCAGCCCUGGAAAGUUGUUGUACUUCCCAGAUAUUCGUAUGGUGCACUAAUCACAAAUCGAUAUGUCGUCUCUGUUGCAAGGAAUUUGCCCUCAGAUGUUGCAAAAAUUAAAGUAAGUAUACCCCUCACUGCGACUGUUAACGUCGAGUCAGUAUUUAAGCAUCCACAUUCGAGUGGCGGUAGUUUUCCUAGGAAUAAUAUAGCUUUGCUCAGGCUUUCCACAGAAGUACAAUAUUCUGAUUCUCUGGCCCCGAUCUGCCUUCGCUCAAGUCAUCCAAAUUCCAGGUUGCUACCAAGAUCGUUGACUUUCAUUUAUUGGAAUGAAAUUAUGGUCCUAAGUCAACGAAGUAUACCCGUUAUUGAACGCAAUUCUUGCUCUGACAAGAUCGGAGUGACAUUAAACGAGAAUGACAUUUGUGUCGAAAAACUCUCCUUUGAUUCGUUUUCAAGAAAUGAAAUAUUUGGUACGAAUGAAGCCGUCAAUUCGGAAGAUAAAUUCUUCCUUCGUGGCAUUGUGAGCUUUCGAAGGAACGGUAUGGCCAUUAUUACAAAUAUUCAAAACUACGCUGAUUGGAUAGCCAAAACCAUUAAUUUUCAAAAACAUAAGAAUACUACCUUGGAAUUUAGAAACUGGAAAGAAAGUAAUACCACACCUACAGGUGUCGCUGUAUGAAUUGAUUACAAAAAGUUUAACAGCGCCUUCUAACCAUAACCAUAAACCAAAUCAUAUUUCUCAACGGCUUAUUGCCUUAAUAUCUUUAAUGCUUCUUAAAACGAUCUGAUUU